AUGGCUGUCCGUGCUCAAUUCGAGAACAGUAACGAAAUUGGUGUCUUCUCCUUGUUGACCAACUCCUACUGCUUGGUCGCUGUUGGCGGCUCAGAAAACUUUUACAGUGUGUUUGAAGGAGAACUCGGCGACGUUAUACCCGUUAUUCACACCACCAUUGCUGGAUGCCGAAUCAUCGGACGUCUUUGCGUCGGCAAUAAGAACGGCCUCUUGGUCCCCAACACUACCACUGACCAAGAACUCCAACACAUUCGCAACUCUUUGCCUGAAAAGGUAGCCGUUCAGCGAGUAGAGGAAAGACUUUCCGCCCUCGGAAAUGUCAUUGUUUGCAAUGACUAUGUUGCCCUUGUCCAUCCUGAUAUUGACAGAGAGACUGAAGAGAUCAUUGCUGAUGUUUUGGGCGUUGAGGUUUUCCGCCAAACCAUCGCAGACCAAGUUUUGGUCGGAUCCUACUGCUCCUUGAGCAACCAGGGUGGUAUUGUUCACCCACGUACAUCCAUCCAAGACCAAGAUGAACUUUCAUCCUUGUUGCAGAUUCCUCUUGUCGCUGGUACCGUCAACCGUGGUUCUGAUGUUAUUGGAGCUGGUUGCGUCGUCAAUGACUGGUGUGCCUUCGCUGGUAUGGACACCACCUCUACUGAAUUGAGUGUCAUGGAGAGCAUUUUCAAGUUGCAAGACGCGCAACCUACUGCUAUUGUCAACGAGAUGCGCGACUCCUUGGUUGAUACCUACUCAUAG